AUAAACCCAUUCUUUCUAUCAUCAACCAACAACAAGCAAUAUAUCCAAUAACUUGAAUCUUUUCAUUCAUCUUCAGAUUUGCUUAAAAAAGAAAUCAAAUUUUCAGACAAAUAGAGAAUUAUAAAUGGCUCUGGUGAGAAGUCUACUGGGUGCAAAAAAGAUUCUAAGCCGCUCCACCGCAGCAGUCUCGGCGGCACCAAAAGGGUUUCUUGCAGUGUACGUAGGAGAGAGCCAGAAGAAAAGAUACUUAGUGCCACUCUCAUACUUGAACCAACCUUCUUUUCAAGCUCUGCUCAGUAAAUCUGAAGAUGAGUUUGGGUUUGAUCAUCCGAUGGGGGGCUUAACGAUACCUUGUCAUGAAGAUACGUUCAUCAAUGUGACUUCUCGGCUCCAAUGAUCAUGAUCCAACAUUUUGUUUUUCCGAGUUAGAUAUAGACUUAAUUCAUUGUAAAUAGCUUUUUUCUCUUUCUUCUUGAAAGAGUACUUGUUCUAAAAGUUUAGAGAAUGGAUGCCAUUUUUGUGCAACCGACACGACAUGUCAAUACAUUUUGGAAUGAUCUUUGAAAACUAAAGACCACACCAUUUGAAGAACCUUUCAUUAUAGUUAAAUCAUGGUUAGAAAAGUAUAUGUUUCCCUGUUUAUCAUCCGGAUCCAUGCCUCAAUGGUAGCACGUCGAGUUCAAAAUCCCGAUCACUUUCCGGAAAUCUCUUGUUAACCGCUAUCUUCAGAUUACCCCAAUAUCUAGC